AUGGAGUGUCGCCUCUGCUGUUGUGCGGGUGAAGUUGGGGAGGUGGGCAGGUUUAAGGCCUGCGGCCGCUGUGCCGUAAAGGUGGUUCCCUUCUGUGAGGAGGUGGUGCGUCAGGUUGGUGGUGUCUUGGCGGGCCGGAGUUGGAGCGUAGAGGUUGUCACGGACGAGAAGGACUGGAUUGCGGCUUUGGCUUCGGCUGUGAGGAAAGACGAGUUAUCUGACGAGGGUAGACGCGCCAUAAUGUUCGCCCUGCGCUGCCGAAAGGGCGAUAUCACCACUUUUACAUUCAUGGAUCGAAUGUCUGUACUUGCCGCUGCUAGUGCAGCCAUCUCUCGUCUCCUGACGUCGCCUAAAAGGGCCAAGUCUUUGCCUGUGAAAAGGAGCCAAUAA